AUGACCAAAUAUGAACGUGACCCUGAAUUGGCGAACUUCCUGUCGAAAGUGGAGGACUUGGAUUCAAAGAGAUACAACAACGUUUCUACUCUAAAAUCAACCAGGGAACCGCUUUCACCGGUACGAAGUCAUACCUCUGGGAACUGUCGAAGGGCGGAUAUAAUGACUGGAAAAAAUAUUGAAGACAGAGAGAGUUUGGCUUAUCGAUCUGCAUAUAAUUAUGAAAUGACGUUCUCUCCCAAGAAAACACAUUACUCAUUAAAUGAGUUGGAUCUUGAAAGAGUGACUCCGACGCAAAAUUCAAAGAAAAGUGCCUGUCGAAAUGAAAAAAAGUUUGUCAUUUCUGAAGAGGAUUAUUUACUGUUGCAGAAAUUGAAGGGCUCUCAAUCACGUAAUGAUUUUGGUUUCGAUAAAACCCUACCCUCUUCUGAAAGAGGUCAUCGUACGCCCAGUCGAGGCCAACCCAGACUGAAAGAAAAAGAGAUAGUCUCCAUUCAAUAUGAUUUUGAUUUUCAAGAAAGAGUCGAUAAAUCACCCACCUCUUCUUCACCGCCACCACCUCCUUUGCCCACGAGGAAUAAUCAUAUCGAAAUCAUUGAAGAUGGGGACGAGGAGAAACCGCUUCUUCCAACAAGACCUACCAAAGCAGGAAUUAUUGAGCGCCCGCUGCCAACACCAAAAAAAUCUGAAGUUGUGACACCUGAGCGCGUCAAGCCAGCUCCACCAGUUCCACGUUGCACGAAACCGGCAAGCUUUUUGAGUUCUCUAGAAGAUAACAAGUUGACUAAGAUAAACAAUCAUAAUCCAGAUGGGGAGACUCCUCGAAAAACAGUGAGAAAUUCUCAUAUCGAUUAUUUGGAUUCCAUACAAUUGAAACCAACUACUUUAUCACCUACGAUAAGAAAUAAACCUAAACCGGCUCCUCCUUCUCCACCUGCAAAAAGAAUUCCAAGAUCUGAAAGUUUUAUCAAAUCAAUGUUAAAUUCAAAUCUUACUACAACUUCUAAGCCUUCUAUGCCUGAAAAACCUCAAAAACUACGAAACGGAAACUUGGCUGUUCGAAAGACUAAACCAAGCAUACCGCCAAAGAAAGUAAAGUUGAACAUGGUAUUGCCUGAGUUGCGUCCUGUGGAGUCUUCUCCAGUCAAACAGAAAUUCGAACACUCAAUUGAUUUACCCAAGUUACGAUCAAGUAGCCGCAACAUUAAGAAACCAGAGGAGGAUAAUAUUCCAGAAGCAAUUAAAAGUAUACAAAACUUGAAGAAAACGAAACUAGAGAAACCCAUAAUUCCCCAGAAAAAACCAUUCCUGGCAAAGAGUUUAAAACCUUCUGUGAUGAAACACGAUGAUGGUGCGAUCCAGUCAACAAACGAACCUGAAGCUCUAUCUCUAAGGAAUAAUCUCAAAAAAAACCCACCAAAGGCUCCAGAACGUAAAAUUUCCAUGCCUGAGGCAUUGCGAAAAAUCGAACUAAUGAGAAAAUCUAAAACUGAGCCCGUAUUAGAACCUUCGAAUGACCUCAGCAUAAACGCGAAAUUAGACGCAAUAAUUGCAUCCAGAAACUUGAGAACAUCCAAUACUUUACCAGAAUUUGACCGCGUUAACACUAAUAUUGCAGCUUUUGACAACUCCAAUAUUUCCGGAAUUGACGAAACAAAGGAAACCAAACCCUUAGUUCACCUGAACAAAAGUAGGGCUCGUGGCCCAAGAAGAAAACUUCCAACACGCCUGUAA